AUGACAAAAAUUGUGGUUUUGGAAAAAAAUAAUCAUUCAUUAAUUUUCUGUUGCGAUAAUGCUAACCGACUGGAAGAAUUAACAAAGCCAAUUGGCACCUCGUCAGAAGACGAGAUACUAGCUUCCAGUCAGGAAGCAGGUGUAUCGAUUGGUGGUGAUGAAACCAGUAAGGUAGCAAAACCACCAGAACAAUCUACACAAAAAGCUAAAGGAACCAGCCAUAGUUCCAAAAGCAGAAAAUCAAAAGGACCCGCCUUCGUACUCAAGAAGAGAUAUUCGAAGGCCGUCUUCAUUUUAGGCAAGAUUGCCCAGAAUGAAGCAGAAGGUAAAACUUCUGAAAAAGACGCGGAGGACAAAGUCAAAUACCAGAAGGUAAUUGACGAGUACAAUGCGUAUAAGAGCACGAAGCCUCAGGAGACCACAAAAAGAGUAAGGUCUCAAGAUGAAGACAGAAAUGCUCAAGAGAGCAAAAGGUCGAAGGUCGUCAAGCCAGGAACAACCAGACCUUCAACAUCAAGUGGAAAUCGUGCACAGGGGAGAACAAUGAGCGAGGUGGUCCGUGAUCAUCUCCAGUUUGGGGUGGUGGACAGAAAGUCUACCAACCUGAAGUUGUCCUCCGAGUUAUGGUGCAAGGUCGAAGCAAAAUUAUCGGAGAUGGUAGUUGAACAUCUCCUAACGACCGAUGGCAACGAAGUCCUGAGCUUCGAUUCAUCUGAGGUAGUCAGGGGCUACAGGGUGAUCAAAUGCGAGGACCGGCUUUCUGGGGAUUUUCUUAGUUCGUGUGUUGCUAAGAUUAGCGAUACAUGGGAUGGGUCCAAGAUUGAGCUCAUCCCAGCUAAGGAAAUUCCUAGGAGACCCCGAGCUCGUAUUUGGAUCCCUAAGAUGAAUAUUGCGGGGGACAAGUUGUUAAAGGUCCUAAAAAUUGCCAAUCCUGAGGUGCCGAUGGAUGAUUGGCAAAUUAUCAAGAAGGAGGAACCUCAGAAAAACAGUGAGUCCUUCCUACUUCUCAUUAAUGAGGAGAGUCUACAGCCGUUGGACAGGAGGGACAACAGACUGCAGUUUGGCAUACGGCAUGCCAAGCUCAAAAUAUUUCGAAGUGCGGACCCAGAAGGGGACGCCAUAGAAGAAGCGAGCCAGCUCUUUGAACAGAUGGAGGUGGCUGAUAAGAGCAAGAGCGAUGAGGGUAAUCCAGGUUAA